GGGUACUUCCGGAUCAAUAGGUUUUAGUAAAAUGGCGGGCUCGCAGUUAAGCCCGUUGACCCCACGCGGUAGGGAGCUCCUAGAGCUCCAACAGGUCGAAAGGAUCCGCGAGCGGUUAGAGAGGGAAUUGAAGCAAGCAACCGAUAGAGAAAGAGAGAUUAAAAAUAGAACAGCCAGGCUUGAUACGUUAGAGGCAGACAAAGCUGCAUUAGAGGGUUUAGAUGAGUCAACCAUGUCUGACCAAAUGAAAGUGUUGAAGAACAGUAUGCUGUCGCUGCAUGCGCAUGUGGAUAGUAGAGUGGACUUCAUGCAGAACUCUCUGGACCAGAUCUUGGACCUUUUGCAAAGGCCAGGAUUCCGGUCAGCAGCACAGUCGCCGUUGCCGUUAACGGCGAUGUCAGGCCCCUUUCCAGUGCAAGCUGGCACGCAGCCAAGUGAUUACCUAGGGGCGCUGGUUUCUGACUUUGGUGUAUCUGAGGAACUAACUCAGUCGCUGGUGGGAGCCUAUCAGGAAGACCCUGUCACGAUGGACAUCAUACGCAAACUUGAGGCAAAAGACAAGGCCACGGAAAGACAGAGUGUUUCCAUGGACUUCAUGGACACCCUGGUGACCAGUAAGAGUGGCAAGAGGCACAUCUUUGUCAUCAUUGAUCGAUUCACCAAAUACGCUAGACUAAUUGUCAUGCCAGAGACCGCAAGGACUGACCACGUCAUCAAGUUGUUCAUGGACAACUGGGUGCGUGAUUUUGGUUUACCAAAGUCAAUCGUUAGUGACAGAGAUGUCCGCUUCACAAGUGAGCUGUGGAAGAAGACUGUUGAGCAGAUGGGCAGUCAACUUCAGAUGACUUUAGGGAAUCAUCUCGAAGCCAACGGACAGGCCGAGAAGAUGAAUAGAGUUAUGCAACACCUGCUGAGGCAUUACAUCAAGCCCAACCAGGAUGACUGGGAUGAGAAGUUGCCUCUCAUCGCCAGCCUGUACAACAACGUUGUACACAGCAGUACCGGCGUUAGUCCUAACCAGCUGCACAUGGGAUGGAAGCCUAGAUCAGCUCUUGACUUCCUCCUACCUGAAAACCGAUCCUCUGCAACUUUGGGCACACUUGAGUAUGGUGUGCAGUAUGAGAAGUUGUUGCAGCAAGUUGUCGAACACAUCAAGAAAGUUGAGCAAGCAAUGAUUGCUUCUGAGAACAAACAUCGUCGGGAGUCCUCAUUUCAGGUAGGGGAACGUGUCUGGGUGAAGGCUAGUGAGGUAGGACAGGAAUUCGAAAUCUCUCGCAAACUAAUGCCUCAGUAUUUUGGUCCAUGGGAAGUCUUGGAUAUAGUUGGGGAUGAGAUGGAUGGUCCUACCUAUGUUAUCUGUAUCCCUGGUCAUCUGCGCACUCACCGUGUCUUUCAUGCCUCAAAGCUUGCAGCUUUCGGUGAGACAGAUCAAUUCCCUUCAAGGAGAUCGAUGCUGCCCCCAACCAUGGAUGGUCAAGUGGACAUCGACGACAUUGUGGAUCACAGAGAUCUGCCUGUUCCAAAGCCACUAGGUAGAGGAAGACCUCCAAAACCCAAGCGGGAGUAUCGUGUCAGAUUCAGGUAUCAUACGGAUCCAAAAGAAGAUCGGUGGUUUACCAGAGAGCAACUGAUUGACACAACUCCUCAAGUGGUGGCAGAAUAUGAAAGGAUGUUAAAAGGGAAGGCACCUGCGAAGUAAGCAUCUCAGCGGACUUUCGAAGCUAAGGGGGAUGGAAUGUGAGGAUUGAGCCCUCAUAGGGGCCUUGCCGUG